AUGCCUAAACCAACUAAAUUACAUUCCAAAGGAAAGUCCAACUCUCUCCAGAAACCGUGUAAAGUUGAAAAAGACACAUCCGAUGGAGUCGACCCAGAGGAAUCUGUGCGUCAAUUUCAGCUUGAAUUGUGCUGGUGUAUUCAACAGUUAGAACGAUCUUUAAACGAAAAGAAAGGCAACGAGAAGCAAAUGCAAGAAGCAUGGAAAGUCUUAACAGUACUAAAAAACAACAACCAGCCCACAAUACGCAAGAGACAACUAAUGCGAACACAUUUCGGAGACUAUAGAGCUAAAAUGGCAGCUGAAGAGAAGAAAUUAGCAAAAAUGGCCAGUAAAAUCAAGAUAUCAGAUGUUCCUGACAAACCAAAAGCUACAUUUUUGAGAAAAUCUGCAUUCUUGACAACAGGCAAUGAGUCAUUUAGAUUCAACUUCAAUUUAGCUCCUGAUCAAUUAGAUAAUGACAAAAUUGCUGCUGAUAAUGGCAACACUAGUGGCUGUAAAACUGAUAGCGAUACUAAAGUUGAACCUGAUGUUGCCACUACAAAAAAAGUGAGUGAAGAUAGUGCAAAGAAAUUUAAAUUUUCAUUUACAAAAUCUGAAUUUAAGUUUAAUUUUAAUGUAGAUAAUUCUUAG